UCCACGCUGGCUAGCCGGUUUUGCGCUCCUUUUUGGUAGAGAGCAGUCACGACCAUCCUCGCUCCGUGCGUGCGCGUCCACGUCACGGCCUCAGUUCCCACGCCGAGGACCCCUGCCUCCUGUCCUCCCCCGUUUAGCUCCUUAUCGCAUCACAGUGACAUCGAGCCACUGGACUUUUGCCUUUUUUCCCCCCUCUGUCCAACGAGACUGACCCGUUUCCGGCUCCGAUUCGAGCUCCACUCCGCCAUCAAAUUUCUUCCGACGUCCAAGCUUCCUCGCUGCGACGCUUGGCCGCGCGCGAGAUCCCAAUCGUGGUCGGUUGCGUCGUGUGGCUCGGAAGAUGGCCGAGUACAGCUCUCUGCUCAGCGACCUGUCGGACAACAUCACAAACGAGGACCUGGAGCAGCUCAAGUCGGCUUGCAAGGAGGACAUCCCCGAGGAGCACAGCGACGCCAUCACCUCCUGCAAGGAGUGGUUCAGCUACCUGGAGAAGAACGACAAGCUGGCCCACGACAACCUGUCGUACAUGGAGCACAUUUUUGAGAUCUCUCGGCGCCCCGACCUCCUGACCCGCGUGAUCGAGUAUCGCACCACCGUGCUCAAAAUCGAUGAGGAUGACGAGAUCGACACCAAGCUCACGCGCAUCCCCUCGGCCAAGAAAUACAAAGACAUCAUCCGUCAGCCAUCCGAAGAUGAGAUCAUCAAGUUGGCUCCUCCCCCCAAAAAGGCAUAAAGUUGGCCACCAGUCACUUGCUCCAGUCACCGCGCUGGCUGACACGCAGCUCUUAUACCCACACACACACGCACACACACACAUACGUAACCAAACUGACAACAUAUUUGUACUCUCCUGACAUGGAUUCUGUUUGUUAAUAUUUGACGAUUCUGCCCGGCGUUUGGAUGUUUUGCCCCCCCCCCCCCCACCUCCGCCCCCCAAAUAGCUCGCAUCCAACAGGAGCGACGCAAACUAACUUUUAGUGCACUAAGUUCGUAUGUCUGUCUUGUCGAGAGAAUUGAAAGUUGAACUCACACUGUGCCCCCACCCCCACCCCCACUCCUCUCCUCCCUCCACCCCUCCUGCCUUUGCCUUGGCAUUUAAAACACCUGCUGGUUGUGCAACGUGUUCCCGUUUCCUCCUUCUUCCUUUCAUCUCUUUUUGUCAUUGUUGUUUUGGCCGCCAGGUAUGGCAUUGUUAGCGCUUAUCACAGCUGGAAAUGUCCACAAAGUCUCUUUACAAUUCUAAAAAUGUGUUAGAAAGCAGUUGGAGAGAUAUAUUAACCAGGUCGCUUCUAUGCACUACUCUGCGUAAAUGAAGCAGAGCCACAAAUGAAUAAUUCCCACUUUUCCAACAAUUCCACAUUUUCCACCCAAGCAUACGCCC